AUGUCGAUCGAUUUUCCCGCCGAGGAGGAUAUUGUCCUCAAGCGGUGGAGGGAGAUUGAUGCCUUCAACCGCCAAGUUGAGCUUUCCCGGGGACGCGAACCCUACACUUUCUACGACGGCCCUCCCUUCGCAACAGGUCUUCCACAUUAUGGCCACUUGUUGGCCUCCACGAUCAAGGAUAUCAUUCCCAGAUACUGGGCGAUGAAAGGCUACUAUGUUGAGCGCCGAUUUGGCUGGGAUACACACGGCGUCCCCAUCGAAUACGAGAUCGAUAAAAAGCUCGGCAUGUCUGGUCUUGAGGCAGUUGAGAAGAUCGGCAUUGAAAAGUACAACGAGGAGUGCAAGGCUAUUGUCAUGCGAUUUGCCUCGGAAUGGCGCCAGACCAUUGAGCGACUGGGACGCUGGAUCGACUUCGACAAUGACUACAAGACUAUGAAUACCACCUUCAUGGAAUCCGUAUGGUGGGUUUUCAAGCAGCUGUUUGACAAGGGCCUGGUCUACCGGGGCUACCGUGUCAUGCCGUACUCGACCGCCCUCAACACACCUCUUAGCAACUUCGAAGCUCAGCAGAAUUACAAGGAUGUUCAGGAUCCUGCUGUUGUCGUGACUUUCCCCCUGGUGGAUGACCCUGAGACAUGCCUACUUGCAUGGACCACCACCCCCUGGACCCUGCCCUCGCACACCGGCCUGUGUGCCCACCCUGCCUUCGAGUACGUGAAGAUCUACGACGAGGCUACCAAGAAGAACUACAUCCUACUUGAGUCUUUGCUCCGAACUAUUUACAAGGACCCCAAGAAGGCCAAGUUCAAGAUUGUCGACCGCAUUAAAGGCUCUGACAUGCUUGGAUGGAAGUACGAGCCUCUCUUCGACUACUUCUACGAGCAGUUCAAGGACUGCGGCUUCCGCGUGCUGAACGAUGAAUACGUUACGGCCGAGGAUGGUGUUGGUAUUGUCCAUCAGGCCCCUGCCUUUGGUGAAGACGAUUACCAGGUUGCCGUGAACCACGGCGUUGUCAACGAAACUCGCCCUCCCCCGAACCCCGUCGACCCGCAGGGCUGCUUCACCGAGGAAGUCCGAGACUUCGUUGGCCAGCAUGUCAAGGCUGCCGAUAAGGGUAUCAUUAAACACCUGAAGGGUACUGGCCGUAUCCUCGUUGACAGCCAGAUUACUCACAGCUACCCCUUCUGCUGGCGGUCUGACACUCCUCUGAUCUACCGUGCCGUGCCUUCAUGGUUUGUGAAGAUCACUCCUAUCAUCCCUCAAAUGCUUGAAGGCAUUGAAGAGUCCCACUGGGUCCCGUCCUUUGUCAAGGACCGCCGGUUCUCCAGCUGGAUCAAGAAUGCUCGUGACUGGAACAUUUCCCGCAAUCGUUUCUGGGGUACGCCUCUUCCUCUGUGGGUCAGUGAUGACUUCAAGGAGGUUGUUGCUAUUGGCAGCGUCGAAGAGCUCAAGGAACUGAGCGGUUACAAGGGUGAGCUUACCGACCUCCACCGCGAUAAGGUGGACCACAUCACCAUCCCGAGCAAGCAGGGCAAGGGCGAGCUCCGCCGUGUUAGCGAGGUGUUCGACUGCUGGUUCGAGUCGGGUAGCAUGCCUUAUGCCUCUCAGCACUACCCAUUCGAGAACAAGGAACAGUUCGAGAAGAGCUUCCCUGGUGACUUCAUUGCCGAAGGUCUGGACCAGACCCGUGGAUGGUUCUAUACUCUGACCGUUCUUGGUACCCACCUGUUCGGCAAGCUGCCUUUCAAGAACUGCGUGGUCAAUGGUAUUGUUCUCGCUGAAGACGGCAAGAAAAUGUCUAAAAGACUGAAGAACUACCCGGAUCCUUCCCUGAUUAUGGACCGCUAUGGCUCGGAUGCCCUGCGUCUCUACUUGAUCAACUCUCCUGUUGUCCGUGCAGAACCCCUCCGGUUCAAGGAAGCGGGCGUCAAGGAGAUUGUCAGCAAGGUUCUUCUUCCGUUGUGGAACAGCUACAAGUUCUUUGAGGGUCAGGUUGCUCUUCUGAAGAAGGCCUCUAAUGUUGACUUUGUCUUCGACCCGCAGGCAGAAACCACCAACACCAAUGUCAUGGACCGUUGGAUCCUAGCCAGUUGCCAGAGUCUGCUCAUCUUCGUCAACGAGGAGAUGGCUGGCUACCGCCUGUACACUGUUGUGCCUCGCCUGCUCGAGCUGAUCGAAAACACCACUAACUGGUACAUUCGCUUCAACCGCAAGCGUCUUAAGGGUGAGAACGGUGUCGACGACACUCUGCAUGCUCUGAACACCCUGUUUGAGGUUCUCUACACCUUGGUCCGCGGCCUUGCUCCGUUCACUCCGUUCCUCACCGACAACAUUUACCAGCGUCUUCUUCCGCUUAUCCCCGAGUCUCUUCAGGGUGAGGAUCCACGCAGUGUUCACUUCCUUGGCUUCCCUGAAGUGCGCCAGGAGUUGUUCGACGAGGUUGUCGAGCGCAGAGUCGCACGCAUGCAGAAGGUCAUUGAACUUGGUCGUAUCUCCCGUGAACGCAAGUCGAUUGGCUUGAAGACUCCCCUUAAGUCCCUCGUGGUGAUCCACCAGGACCAGCAGUACCUCGACGACGUCAAGUCUCUCGAGGGCUACAUCUUGGAGGAGCUGAAUGUUCUUGAUCUCAUCUUGUCGACCGACGAGGCCAAGUACAAUGUCCAGUACAGCGUCAACGCUGACUGGCCGACUCUUGGCAAGAAGCUUAAGAAGGAUGUGCAGAAGGUCAAGAAGGCUCUGCCGUCUCUGUCCAGUGAGGAUGUUAAGAAGUACGUCGCCGAUAAGAAGAUCUUGGUUGACGGAAUUGAGUUGGUCGAGGGUGAUCUCGUGGUGAAGCGUGGCAUCAAGGAAGACUCAGGCUCGUCGGGCAUGGAGCCUAAUACCGACGCCGAUGUCAUGACAAUUCUUGAUGCCAACCUUUACCCGGAGCUGGCGCACCAGGGUAUCGGCCGUGAAAUCAUCAACCGUGUCCAGCGCCUCCGUAAGAAGGCCGGUCUGGUCCCCACAGACGACGUGAAGAUGGAGUACACCAUCCUCUCGGACCCGGAGAAGAUUGGUCUCGACGAGGCCUUCAAGUCGCAGGCCGCGGCUAUUGAGAAGGCUGUUCGUCGGCCGCUUGAUGAGCGUGCUCCGGUUGAUGGCAAGCCUCCCGUUGCCGACGAGGCGGAUAUCAUUGCCCAAGAAGACCAGGAGGUGCAGAACGCCACCUUCUUGCUCCGUCUGCUCAAGCUGUAA